AUGCUUACCCUACAAGGGAAGGAAGCAUAUCUAGGAAUAUCUGGUGGAGUUGGACUGGGAAUAUUGGGAGUUUUGGUCUUCAUGACAGGCUCCAAGAAAAAUGAGGCUAUGGGAUACUAUGGAGUAGCAGGCCUUAAUUGCACAGAAUCAAGAUUUGGAAGGAAUGGCCCAGACAUUCGAUUCCCAUUUCGAAUCAAGAACAGGCAACCAGAGCACUGUGGCUAUCCUGGAUUUGAUCUGUCAUGCUCAGAGAGCAAUCAUACCGUACUCGAGUUUCCAGCUUCCAUCAAAUUCUACAUUGAAAGUAUUGAUUAUAAUAAACAAGUUAUGACAGCAAGUUACGCACGAGAAUGUCCAGCAAGACAACGCUUAAACUUCAAUUUAUCUGCUUCUUGCUUCCAAAUGGUGAAUAGUGAUACUGCUAACUACACCCUAUUCAAUUGUUCUUCGGAUAAGGAAAGAUAUGGAUACUUUCUUCCUAUCCCUUGUCUUAGUGCUCUCAACUAUGACGUUCUUGCUGUUAAUUCAUAUCAUUCUGUUGAUGACUCUGAUUUAUUAUCAUGUACCAAGAUGUUCGACAUUUUUUCAGUUCCAGUUUAUAUGUCGUUCCAAGGCAAUUAUACCUUUCCUCUGUUUUGGUGCUAUCCAAAAUGUGGAUCUUGUGAAGCAAAAGGCAAAAAGUGUAGAUUAAGGGAUUACAGCUCCAAGCUUGAAACUGAAUGUUAUGACAAUUCCAUUAGAGGAAUGUCGUUGGUCGAAAAAGCUACUGGGUGCAGGUAUAAUCUUAGUACUAAUGGAGAUCCGCAUGCAUCAUAUGACUACAAAUGGAAUGGAUGGCCAGAUAUUCGGACUUUAUUAUCACAGACUAUGAUUUUCAUGAACUGUGCAAAUCCGGUGAAGUCUCCUCUUUAUGUGGCCACUGCUUCUUGCCUUAAUUAUGGAACAAACUCAUCCAACAUUUCUCUUCGCACACAUUCUUAUGUGAAUGUUGGUGUUAUGAACAUCUCAGAUUUGAUGGAACUGUGCAGCUAG